AUGGCCUCGCCGCGCGCCUCGCGGUGGCCGCCGCCGCUCCCGCUGCUGCUGCUGCUGCUGCUGCCGCUGCUGCUGCCCGCCGCCCCCGGGACACGGGGCCAGCCGUCCGCCCCGGGCCGCGGGGCGCCUCUCGCAGGCGCGGGGCUGGCGCGGCCGCCGGAGCCCGGCCCCGAGCACGAGCUGCAGGCGCCGCCACCCGCCCCGCCCCGGGCGCGCCGCGGGCCCGCGCCCCCCGGACCCCGCCGGUCGGCCCCUGCGCCGGACGCCGCUGUCCCCCGAGGCGGGAGCGCGGCUGCUGUACGGAACCACUGGCCAGAAGGCAACACUGAGCCCCACGCAGGAAACGUCACCUUUGAUCAGAAUCAAGCGGACUUUUCCACGUUGGCCUCCGAGGAGGGGGUGAAGGUUCAGACCCCCGACCAGAGCCACGCUCCUUCAGAUGCUCCAGAAAACUUCACUCCGCACGCUGAAACAGCAGGUGCUGGAGGAGCAAACCACUCCUUGAGGAGAACCAGGGUCACCACUUCCCCUGCUGGGCCCGAGCGAGCAACAGCUCUGACUUCCCCGAGCACCACCUCAGCCUUGGGAAGGCUUCCCCUGCCAGCCAGCAGUCCAGGGUCAGAAGGAAGAAGUGCCCCUUCUCACCCAGAGAGCAGAACCUCCUGGGGUUCCCCGGCGAGGGACACGGGGCUCUCCGAAGAAGUGACCGUGCAGACCCAUGUGGCCACUUCAGUUCUGAGCCAGUCCUCUCGUCCUGCCUUGGAGAUGGGAGAAGAGGCCCCACUCUCCAGGAAGGGGAAUUCCUCAGAGCCAGAGCUCUCCGGGCUGGUUUUCCCCAGGACCUCGGCUUCCUCCCCGCCCUCAGGUCACUCCGCAGCUUCUGGAAGUAUGGACGAGCUAAACAACUCCACGGCUCCUCACAGCCCCUCGGUCAGCUGGGCAAAGAGUGUGCAGGUUGCCACCACCUUCCCCAGUGACGUCCCAAGGGUGACCCAGUCUUUAACUGUGAGCGCGGGACAGCUAAACGACACAGAAGGUUUCCCUGAGGACUCUGAAGUUGCCCCAACGUCAGCAUCACUUCAUUCUUCACCAGCUGUGGCCGAAUUGAGGAGAAACACCGGAAUGACCAGGAGUCUAGGGGAUGGGAAAUUCAGUGAGUCAUCCACAGAAAAUGGAUUUGGCCUUACAUCUUCUGAGGUCUCAGUGGGAUUUUGGCAAAAUGAUUCCCCAAUCUCGGAAGGACCCCAGCAGGCCAGCCGCUCUGAUAAGAGGAAUGGGAGCCCCGUGUCUCGGACUGAGUCUGUGUCUGGGUCAGUGCCGUUGGGCGGAGCUGGAGAGAGCACUGCACCCUGGAUCUUGACCAACAGCAAGACAUUUGAAGAUGUGACAGGAAGCUCUACUUCCUACCCUGGAGUUGUGAACUCUUCCGUUUUGACCCAGUUCUCAGCCUCUGCCCCACAGCCUAGAGGAAGUGACACCGUGCUGGGGGGAGGGAGCGACGCCGAGCUGGCCACCGAGUCUUCGUCCUCCUCCUCCUCAGAAAGCCUGGAGUCCUCAGCACCGCGCGGUGAACGCUCAACCACUGAAGAUGGUCCUGAGCUGGGAGUCAGUGCCGACCCACAGGAGGGGUCCGAGGGGACCCACGGAGCCCGCGCUCACAGCCCCCACACUUCAGCCACUUUCACUGGAAACGGGGAGCGCACACUGCGCUCCGUCACCAACCGGACUUCCGGGGAUGAGGGGCGCUCCCAGACGGCACCCCGAGAAGCAGAGAGCGCCACUCCCCAUGGGAACGUGACCGCGGCUGUCACUGGAAUUAUCUACCAUCCGGCGAGCGGCACAGACACCGAACGGAGGCCUUCCAGCCGCCACACAGACCACACCUACGUCUCCUCCACUUUCACCAAAGGGGAACGAGCACUGCUGUCCAUCACAGACAACAGCUCCGCCCCGGACACGAGGGAGAGUGCCACCUCUUCUGUUAAGAUCUCAAACUCCUCACGUUCGGACGCUCCUUCCCCGUCUCAGGUGCAGACGGAAAGAAGUAACGUCUCAUCCUUCGGAGGGGCGUACGCUCCUCCUUCCACUGAGUCCCUGGGUCUGCAUACAGCCCACCUCCCAUCCUACACGCCCACCAUGAAUACGUCAGGCGCCUGGGAUCUUCCGGGCACGCGUACUGGACGGGUCAGCGACUCGCCUCCUUCGUCGGGGCCGCCUCUGCCCCCGCCCUCCGUGUCACAGCCCCUCCAGUCCUUCUCCCCGACCUUAUCCUCCACCAGGGCCUCCGCUCACCCACCGGCGUCCACCCCCGACGCGCCCACGCCUUUGCCUUCCUCGCCACCCCCUUCGCCCGUAUCCCUGACAGUCCCUGCCCCUGUCUCAGUGUCCGUGUCCCAGGCAACCCUUUCGCCUUCAUCUCUUACGCUGGCCCUGCCCGGGGCCAGGGACACUCCCGUGACUGCAGUUCGGACGGCGACCGUGGCAUCGUCGGUGGCCAUGCUCUCCCAGAGCCAAACAGCGGAUCCUAAGAAUCAGAGCAACCCACACCACGAAAAAGUGGCCACGGAAUCAAAGCCCCCGAGCUGGGAGUCUCUGCCCACAGAGGCCCCGGUGAGCUCUGCUUCGGGGAUCCCCGUGGCCCCCGCUUUCACAGAGCCCUCCACGGAGCCAACCCUUCCAGCCACAAGCACCGGCUUGGCCCGGACGCCUCCAGCGUUGACAGCCACCACUCCCAAGACGCCCCCUCCCCCCGUGCCCACUCCCGACCCCUCGUCAAGCACAGCCACUCGGAUGGCCGGCCCCCCCGCAGUGCAGACCACGGCUGGGGAGCAGUUCUUGCCGACCAGCCCUGAAAUUCCAGCGCCACGGACCUCCACAGACGUCGUCGUCACCACAAAAAGGAACCAAGUGCCUGUCGAUGGUGCCACCCGACGGAGCUCCCUGACCAGCGUACCCACGUCAGCAACGGUGUUGACCACGGGCAGCCCGGCUUCCCAUUUCCUCAGGACAUCUCCCUCUCCCCGGAGCACCCACGCCUCUCCGGCGGAAGUGUCGUCCCCCCGGGCCACCACCUCCCGUGCUCAGAGCGGCACGCAGUCCCCCACGGCACGGUCGUCUCCAGCCUCAGUGAACAGCUGUGCCCCUAACCCUUGCCGCCACGAUGGGAAAUGCGUUGUGGACCCCGCCCGCCGUGGGCAUCGAUGCGUGUGCUCAGCUUCCUGGCAAGGGGAGGACUGCAGUGUGGAUGUGAAUGAAUGCCUCUCCAACCCCUGCCCACCCCUGGCCGUGUGCAACAACACUCAGGGAUCCUUCACCUGCAGAUGCCCCAUUGGGUACCAGUUGGAAAAAGGAAUAUGCAAUUUGGUUAGAACCUUCGUGACAGAGUUUAAAUUAAAGAAAACGUUUCCCAAUUCCACCGUGGAAAAACAUUCGGACCUGCGUGAAGUUGAAAACGAGGUCACCAAAACGCUGAAUAUGUGUUUUUCAGUGUUACCUGGUUAUACCCGAUCCACAGUUCGUGCUUCAGGAGAGUCCAGCGCCGUGGUCCUGUCGCUGCAGACCACCUUCUCCCUGGCCUCCAACGUGACGCUGUUUGACCUGGCCGACGGGAUGCAGAGGUGUGCCAACGCCUGCAGGGCCUCUGCUGAGGUCUGCCAGCUCUUGGGGUCGCAGAGGCGCAUCUUUAGAGCGGGCAGCUUGUGCAAGCGGAAGACCCCGGAAUGCGACAGGGAGACCUCCGUCUGCACGGACCUGGACGGGGUGGCGCUGUGCCAGUGCAAGUCGGGCUACUUCCAGUUCAACAAGAUGGACCACUCCUGCCGAGCGUGUGAAGACGGAUAUAGGCUUGAAAACGAAACCUGUAUGAGUUGCCCAUUUGGCCUUGGUGGUCUCAACUGUGGAAACCCCUAUCAGCUUAUCACCGUGGUGAUUGCAGCAGCAGGAGGCGGGCUUCUGCUGAUCCUAGGCAUUGCACUGAUUGUCACCUGCUGCCGAAGGAAUAAAAAUGACAUAAGCAAACUCAUCUUCAAAAGUGGAGAUUUCCAAAUGUCCCCGUACGCUGAGUACCCCAAGAAUCCUCGCUCGCAGGAAUGGGGCCGAGAAGCUAUUGAGAUGCAUGAGAACGGAAGCACCAAAAACCUCCUCCAGAUGACGGACGUGUAUUACUCGCCCACAAGCGUAAGGAAUCCUGAACUUGAACGAAAUGGACUCUACCCGGCCUACACUGGAUUGCCGGGAUCUCGGCAUUCUUGCAUUUUCCCGGGACAGUACAACCCGUCUUUCAUCAGCGAUGAGAGCAGGAGAAGAGACUACUUUUAAGUGAGAAGAGAGAGGAGUCCAUUGCUCUGAGCGAGUGGCUGGGACCGCUGUUGCUCAGAGGACUGCACGGGGCCCGCCUGGGCUGCUCCCAGGACUGUGGAGCCGCGCUGGAGGGGCAGGCAGGAAGAGGGACAGGAGUGAGGGGCGUGGCCACAGCAGAAGGGCACCGGUGGAGCCCGUGGACGUGCCACCGCCGGCCGCUCAUUUGUUGUUACUGUGAAUGUGCACAUGGCCAGUACCGGGAGGUCUCGGCGCGACCGCGGCUCCACUGGCUGCAGGGAUGACGCCGGCUAGGGCAGCUCGCUGGGCACCACUGCAAGCACCGGGGUCUCCUUCGUUUGCACUUUAGUACAUU